AUGUCCACGUAUCUUGGAACCAUGCCGGUCUUGACCUGUCAAACAACCAACUCUUCUUCUGAUACAAACUUUACGGAGCUUACAACGGGUACCUCUAUCAAGACACAUAACAACGGGUCCUUUGUCGUCCUCGAUCACCAAAACGAUCUUGCCAAUGAGCGACAACCACCCACCCUAUCCACUCCAGAAAACAAAGCAGCUGAGAUACGAGGACAUUAUGAAUCGAAUCCACCUGACGUCGCGGCUGAAAUGGAAAAGUGGUUUGAAGCAGCUGACAGAUAUGGGUUUUUGGAGGAUGAUAAGCUAUUUACACCCGAUGUCAAUCAGGCAGAGAAGGAAGCGGAACGCGCUACAAAGUGGGCUGGGAUGGCACAGCAUGCACAACUUCAUGGUGAAGACCUUCAUACUUUUAUCGUCAAUUCCAAGUUCAUCAAGCGUGUGUAUAAAGGAAUUCCAGACUGCUGGCGGCGGGAUGCAUGGUACUUUACGUUGACCAACGGAUUACAAAAAGCAAAUAACGACGACGCGUUACGAGAACAAUACAAGGUGUUGUUAUCGGAACCAUCAUCGCAUGAGCGACAAAUUGAUCUUGACAUUCCUCGAACAAUGCAUGGCCAUAUCAUGUUCCGGCAGCGGUAUGGUCAAGGACAAAGGGCAUUAUUCAACGUGCUUCGAGCAUUUUCAGGGUUCGACAAGGAGGUGGGCUAUUGUCAAGGCAUGACCAAUAUUGCUGCCAUGUUACUCAUGUAUUGCGAAGAGGAGCGAGCAUACACUGCACUUGUGCACAUGUUUCUCCGUGAUGGAUUGCAUGAUCUCUUUGUACCAGGAUUUCCUGCACUCAUGGAAAGUUUCUUCAUCCAGGAGCGGCUCGUGGAACGAUACUUGACUCGCUUGUACAGGCAUUUGCAUUCGAUUGAUGUAACGAGUGCUGCCUAUGCGACUCGAUGGUACAUUACAAUGUUCACAGGAGGCGUCGUCAAGUACCAAACCCUUUUACGGAUCUGGGAUGUCUAUUUCUUGGAAGGAUUCAAUGUCUUUUAUUUUGUCGCCAUCGCGUUGCUCAAGACCUUUCAAUAUCAACUCUUGUCUCGAAACUUUGAAAGCUGCAUGACUUUGUUGAGCUCCACGCUGACAGUGCCGGAUGAUGACAAGUUCAUGAAACUGGUCAAAAAGUUACAUGACCGAUACUCGCAUCGCAUCCCUGCAUUACGACAUGAAUAUGCAAAAAUCCACAAAUCUUGA